CAAUUUUCGUUUGUAAUAUUUUUUUCUCACACACCUCCACCUCCCCCCAAAAAAACCUUUCCGCGAACUUCUCUCAUCGCCCAAAUAUCGCUCUCUUCCAUCUUCUCCAAUCGCCCCCAAUUCGCCCCAUCUCUCUCUCUCUCUCUCUCGAAGCUUUUUUUCCAAAUCCAUGGCGGACACGAGGCGGUACAGAGUGGGAUACGCAUUGCUGCCGAAGAAGCAGAAGAGCUUCAUCCAGGACUCCCUCGUCUCUCUCUGCCACGAUCGCGGCAUCGACCUCGUCCCAAUCGACCUUCGCCGCCCUCUAAUCGACCAGGGACCCUUCGAUUGCCUACUCCACAAGCUCUACGGCGACGAUUGGUCCCGCCAGCUCGACGAUUUCCGCCGCCUCCACCCCCAUGCCACCGUCAUCGACUCGCCUGAAUCCAUCUCCCGCCUCCACAACCGCAUCUCCAUGCUCCAGGUUGUCUCGGAGCUCAAAACAAACUCCACUGCAAUCUCACCAGCCGCCACAUUUGGAAUCCCAAAACAGAUCGUGAUCUACGACAAGGAGACCCUCUCCGACAGACGAUCAUGGGAUCUGCUCAAGUUCCCGGUGAUUGCCAAGCCGCUUAUCGCAGAUGGUAGUGCUAAAUCCCACAAGAUGAUCCUAAUCUUCAACCGCGAGGGGCUCGACAAACUCAAACCCCCAAUCGUUCUUCAGGAGUUUGUCAACCACGGCGGUGUGAUCUUCAAAGUCUACGUGGUUGGCGACUAUGUGCAGUGUGUAAAGCGGAAGUCGCUCCCCGACGUGAUCCCAGGGAGCAUCAGCUCGGAGAGCUCGGUGCCAUUUUCUCAGGUGUCCAACAUCACGACGCCAUAUAGGAAGAACGAUGAUGACGACGAUGACGACAACGAUAAGUACGACUACUACAAGGCGAUGCAGCUGGAUGGGGCGGAGAUGCCGCCCCAGAGCUUCGUCGUGGACCUCGCUAGAGGUCUGAGGUCCGCGACGAAGCUCCAUCUGUUUAACUUUGAUGUGAUUAGGGAUUCCACUAGAGAGAAUAAGUAUUUAGUUAUUGAUAUUAAUUAUUUCCCCGGGUAUGCUAAGAUGCCCGGGUACGAGCGGGUUUUGUUUGAUUUUUUGUGGGAUGUGGUGAGUGAGAGGAAGAGAACAACAGUGGAUCAGAUGGCGGUGGCCGCAGUGACGGCGGCCAACGGAGGAAAUAGGCCGCCGGCCGCGGCUAUGGGUGUGGAAGAGAAUGGCGGAAGUCCGCUUCAGCAACUGACGGCGAGGAGUUGUGAAGAGGAGGCAGUGAGGAAGAUUGCUGUGACGAAUAGUGGUUGUAGUACGAAUAAUUGUAUUGAAGGGGAGGAUCAAACUGAGAAAUCUCCCAUUCUUCAGGUUUAAUUAGAAAGCCAAAUUAUGAAGUUUUGGUUUGAAGUUUAACUUUUGGUGCAAGUUUUGGAGAGUUGAAGCAGGAUUAAGUUUGUAAGUAAUAAUAUUGGUAUUUUCUUUUUUAAGUAGAUAUAAAGAAAUAUAUUACGUUUUUGCUCU